UAACUUUGCUAAGCUUUAGAUAACCGAAAUAAGUGGAAAUCACUGCCGUACUGAAUUGAUAGUAAUCAUUAGAAUUAAACAAAUUUUACAGAUUGGAGGAAAUUAAACUUUUUUUAAUCCCCACCUUCAAAAUCAACAAUCAGUAUUAAUGGCCUCUUUCGAAUCCUGCUUUAAACAGACAGCCCUAAGCGAUGUUUGUGCCAAGGACAAAAAAAGCUUGCUCCCUCCCUCUUGAUUUUCACUUUCCAAGCACGUGUUUUCACAUUUUCCUCGAGUUCACCUUGGACCAUCUUUUGUCAGUUAAACUGUUUAUUAUCAAUACAAGUUUCUGAAAAAAAAAAAAAAAAAACACUUCUAGAUUGUAUCGUAUUUGGCGAUGCUAUUAGGUUAUAUUAAGACUAAGGAUGUUUAGAGGGAAAAGUAAAAUCAAUUGCUUGAGCCACAUUAUUUUUGAAAGGUACAUACAGUAAACAGAGGUCGCUCUCGAUAAAAACAAAAUGGAUGCAACCGUAUGUUGGAAAAAUUUGACAUGGCCACCAAUUCUACAUAUUGGUAUACUAAGUAUUGGAACUCUCAUUAGUUUCGUGGUAGCUUACAGCAAAGGGGAUGUGUCGGCUUAUCUCCCAUUUAUCAGUGAAACAGGAGCUGUUGUUCCAGAGAUGUGUAUCUUCAGCUUAUGUCUCAUACUAGGCAGCUUUGUGGGUGCCAUCGUCAUCUGUUACCGGCAUCUGAUUAUGACAUAUUUUCUCAAAGCUGCUGACGCAAAACUUCAGAAGUUAAACCAUUUUGGUUUUGCUAUCGGUUUAAUAUCUAUGGCUGGACUUGCUGGUGUCGCAGCCUUUCCGUUUCAAAAAUUUCAGAUGUCGACAGUUCUGUGGGCUCAUUUGUUAGCUGCAGGUAUCCAUUUCACUCUGGCAAUGCUCUAUGUGUUUCUGCAAACCUUCAUUAGCUAUCGCACACCUGGAAUACCAAUUCAUCUCUGCAGGUUAAGGCUUGCUCUUUCCAUUGUAUUGCUCAAUUUCCUAUUCCUACUAGUUAUCUUUUUCCCUUUGUCACAGUUUAGGUGGAAUAAAAUUAAUUCUCAUGUACCUGCUCUUAAAGUACCUGAAGACCAAGUAUUUGGGAUCAUGUUUUGCAGUUCUCUAUUUGAAUGGAUAUUGUACACUUCAUUUCUCGUUUAUAUGCUUACCUUCAGUAUUGAGUUUCGAAAUUUCCACCUCUUGAUUAGUGUCGUCCCAAGUGAACCCAAACCUGUCCCCGUAUCAUGAAACUUAAAGGAGUUUGUAUUUUCUAUUUAUUUCAUUAAAACACCAGAUCUGCAAUGUUCACUGAUGAAGGCCACGAGGACCAGUCAGAUAAUGACAUGUGCAAAAGACGAAAUUUCUGCAAUCAAAGUUUAUGCUAAGGAGCUAUUUUUACAUAUCACUUGUUUUCGUCUUUUGUAUAUUAUUUUGCUAUGCUUAUUUAUUAAUCUAUAUAUCAUAGAAAUCAUCUUCCAAUUAUUAAGGAAAAUAAAAGAGUGAACUAUUUCGAAAAAAAGUGCAAUAAGUAAAAUUUGGAGAAAGCUCUUACAUAACUACACUGUUGCAAUCUAUAACAAUAAAAUACGUAAUGAUUGGAUACUUUUGAUUUAUAUUUUUUACGUAUAUUGGAUCUAAGAAAUUUAAAUUUAUUCUUUAAUAAAUAAUACAUUUAAAAUGAAAUAGAUAAUUAAUUAAAAUUAGAUAAAAGUUUAAAUUUCUCCUUUAUCCGUUUGCCUUCUUUAUCUCCUGCAUCUUUUCUUUUACCAGGCGGUCGAAGAAAUAUCUAAAAUUAAAUAGAGGGUAUAACAAAAGAUGCUAGUAGAUAUAAUUUUCUUAUACUUACUCCCCUGUGUCUCUUAUAUUCUUUUAUCCUUUAUAUCCUAGAUAUCUCAGAACUUAAUUGUAAAUUUAAUCUAAUUAGAUCUGACAAUAAACUAGAUUAAUUGCGAUACUUUUUCAGUAACCUCAUCAAGUAACUUCAGUAACUUCCUAUGAAAAAAGUACUUAACAUCAUUAUUUAUUUAUUUGCGUACUGCAGCAGUUAUAUACAAGAUUAGAGAAAGGUAGCUACGGCUUUUUACCCGCCCGAAAAUAAUAACUCUAGACAUGAACUUCUAAUAUAAUUUUUUUUUCAAUAUAAAGUAAAGAAUUUUAUGAAAACAGUUUUACGCUUGCAGGCUUAUAUAAAUACAAAAUAAAAAUUUGUAUCCGUACAUAAAAAUUAAUAUUCGUUAUUCUUUGAUAAAGUAAAUACAUUUCAUUUCUUUACGUGAAAUUCGCUGGUAUACAAGCAAUUAAUGAUUUACAAAGACAGUUGCAAAUUUCAUAAUGAGUGUAGUUUUUUCUAAUGCGGAAACAAUUACUUACCAGAGCGUAAAAUUUUUGUUUUAUGGUCCUAUGGUUGCCAUACCUAGAGUGGUCUAAUUACGUUCAAUUUAGAUCAUCACUGGAAGCAUUUUUCAGUUAAUUUAUUAAUAAAGCAUAACUAAUAUUUUGAGGAUUAAAGUUUUCCGAUUCCGUAUGAAAGUUGAUACUAUAUUUAUUGUGUUGGAACUGUUUUCAUAAAAUUAUGUAUCUUUAUUUGAAUGUUUUUUAAUUGGAAAUAUAUAUCUAUAGCAGUAUUUAAUGAAUGAAAUUUUGCACCACUUCUUUUGAAACCCCAAAGAGAUAUUUUUAUAAACUUAAAAUCAUUAAGGAUAUACUUCUUGACAUUCCUUUCCUUUUGCCUAAUAUUUUGAUUGUUUGCUUUUCAUUUCUUGUAAUCAGUUUUUUAUUAUAUAAAUUUCUGCCUUCUUUUACAUAAUCAAACUAGCACUAUUCGUUCCACGAGCAUAAAAAAAUCUAACAAUUUAUAAUGAACGUGCUGAAAACAUGUAAUAAACUGUACAUUUUACUUGAUUGGGAUACUCUAUUUAAUGCUUUGCUUUUAACACAAAGUAUGUAAAUAUAAAAGAUGGAAUCUAGUUCAUUUUAUAAAUGUUUUGUAUCUAGUUUAUGCGUUUGAAUUUGAUAACAAUAUGUAUGUAUGUUUUUCUUUAUAUGAAAGAGUACCAUCAAGUUGUACUCAGUGUAUAUGUAAUGCGAAAUGUAUUUGUCGAAAAUAAAGCUAUUUUUUGCUUUCGUAA